AUGAAUUUCAAUAAAAUAAAUACUUAUAUAUUGUUAUGGAAUAUUGUAAUCAUAAAACUUCCUUAUGAAUAUAUCAUAGAAGCAGAUAUUGAAAAACUAUGGAUGGAUAAUAAUAAGUAAUUUAGUGAAGAAUAAGCCAUAUCAUAUGUUAAACAAAUUCUUAAGGGAAUGCAAGAUCUUCAUUAAUGUUAUAUUAUGCAUUAGGAUAAAAAACAUUCUCUUACAUAAUGA